UUGCGCCUUUCCUAUCACCACAAUCGUUAACAUGGACCGAGCCAGCCAGGUGCCGGCGAGAGGACUCGCCCCAGAUGUACCUAGGACAUACGCUGCCCUAUCAGACAGUGGCAAUGAACUAGCCCAAAGCCAGCAAUACCUUACCCUACAGGAAGAGAAAGCCCUCGUUAAGUUUAUAUUGCUAAUGUCUAACCUCGGGCACCCCGUACGGAUUAAAUUUAUGCGCCAGCUAGCUUUUAAUGUUGCCCGCCAUCGCUCCACAAAUAAACCAAUCAAGCCUCCAGGCAUAAACUGGCCCCGGGCCUUCGAGAAACGCCAUCCAGAACUUAAAGCGAAACGAGUCAGGGCUAUGGACUGGAAACGACACGAUAGCCACAUAUAUGAUAAGGUUACG